GUUCUAGAUACAAAUAGCACGAAAUGGGGAAACGAUUGCUGUUAUUUUUACUGUUCGCAAUCUGGAUGCCAUCAGCGUGGAACAAAUUAUAUCGAGGUCCAAUCACAAGAAGAGUGAAGGUUUCAAUGCGUUCAUGGGGCGGAUUACAUACCAAUACGGGAUCGAAUAUGGGAGGUUGGCUGAUACGAAUUACAAAUGCCGAUGGAGGAUUCGCUUGCUGUGGUGCAUACUUUUCCCCACUAUUGGUUAUCACAUCAGCCAAUUGUAUGGAACCCUUUCGAUGGAAUCUUGCCGGUGCGACUGCAGAUGGCACCGCUUUAACGGAUGCUGAGAUUGAUAACUAUGCCCAAAUUGAUAUUGUGUAUGUACCAGAUGAAUUUGUACCUGGCAAUACAAACAUGGAUAUAGCUUUGCUUAAAUUGCGAAAACCCAUCAGAGGUAGAUUGACCGAGUUUAUCAAACUGUGCAAUACGUUACCCGAAAGUGGAAUCUUCUACAAUACAUAUGCCUGGGGUUACAGCAGCUUUGUUGUGCAACCACCCUCAUCAAAUCCAAGAACUUCAAUAGUGCCCUUUCAGAACAGGGAAGAGUGUGAAAAAAAGUUCAAGCCAGGAUUUCUAUCGAAUACAGUUCUCUGUGUUACCCAACCCAAGGAUCGCCAUGAGUGUCUCUACGACGGUGGCUCUCCGUUAACUUAUAAAAAUGAGCUCUGUGGUAUCGCCUCCAUUGGUUCCACUUGUCAGAACACCUCAACGCCUGGUAUCUACACGAGCAUUCUUGGUGUCAAGAAGUACUUGCUUAAAAUGGACAAGGAAUUGAAAUCUGGUGCCUUGUCACGACGGAAAAGGUACAUACGUGAAAAUUCAGCACAAAGAGAAAAAAACAAUGGAAUAUAAUAAUGUAAACCUAAACUUAUAAUUACUUAACAAGUUAUCUCUUGCUAUUAGAAACUUUGGUACCUUUAAUAUCCUUUUCUUAACUAGUAAGACAGACUAAUAAACUACUCCGAGUUCAUUCCAGUCUAAA